UGAUUGCGGGCUGAUUGGGUCUAAAAUUGCGGGCUCGCUUGUCUUCAAAAUUUCCAAAAUGGUGGACAUUCUUGUUGCUGUGGUGUUGUUUCUUUGGCUUACAUAUCUAUGGGAAAACUAUCUAGGAUACCGUCAGGUAACUUUAUGCGACAGUUUUUGCUAGCACAAAUUGAGAGAAUCCUGUUGGAAUUAGAGAUCUUCUGAAGAAACUGUUCACCAAGGAACAAGUCUUACGUUUUUCCAGUUUUUUCACCCAAACAUGUGCACGUAGUGAAUUGCAACAUAAAGAGUAUUAUUAAUGCCAUAAUCUUGUUACUUUAUGAAAGAUUAACAUUACUCUAAUGUAGGACUGUAGUCAUUUCAAAUAGAAGUCUAUCUGACACCUUUCCAUGAGGUCAAUUCUUUAGCCUGCGUAGCAAGCGUUUCCAAUCGAGUUAUUGCGCGAUAGUUAGAGCGGGAGCAAAAAUAAAUAGAAAGGGAAAGGGGGGUUCCUUCUCUCCCCUCCUCCUCCCCUGUCAUUUCCUUUUUUUGCUCUCGUCCCUACUUUCUCGACGAACUCGCGCGGAAACGCUUGCUACGCAGGCUAUCAAUUCUUAAUCUACUGUAUUUGUUUGGUUUUAAGGCCCAUUACUCGGUUGUAAGACGCACCCCAAACUUUUCAAAGCGAUUUUUUUUAAGUUAACAAACUGAAAAAUGAAGCUAGAAUACCCAGCUAUAAAGCCUAACCAGGAUUUUUGGCCAUGUUCACCUUCACUUCAUUAAAACAACAUACUUUCGAACGUCGCUAAUUACGGUCAUUCACCUGUGUGAACAAAAGCGAAAGAUAUGACAAAUAAGAUGCGGCAAAUGUAAGUGAAAGAGUUACAUACUUUGAUUAAAAGGGAAAAAAUCACGCUUAUCAAAACAAAAAGCACUGUUUUCUUAAGCUGUGAAUACUUAGUGAUCUGCUUUUAGAUCCAUAAACAAGUCAUGAGCUAGUGACCAACAUCAGUUCUCUCCCAACAAAAUAAUAAAUUAUCAAGGGAAAAGAUCAUGAGAAUUUAUGAAAGUGAUCACCAAAAGAAAACGAUUUGAUCUUACAUUAAAUUUUUCAACUUAUUCUAAAGGAAAAUCUAUGGAGAUUGGUCAGGAGAAUUUGUACGUGGAUAUUGGGGGCUUCAAGGGUUAAGGUUCCCCUUUUCCUCCUGGGCAUGCAUUUCCAGUUAAUAAUAAACAAUUAUUGAAUGAGGUUUUUGUGAUAUCAGGAACAAUCAAGGUCAAGGUAAGAGUUAUCAGCUGAGCCAAACUCCGAGGCUGGUAACACUUACCGAGACCUUGAUUAUUUAGGAUAUCACAAAAACUGAAUCUAUUGUUCUUUUAUACAUUGUUUUGAAGAAAAUAACAUCAAAUACACCGUCACACGAAACCUGAAUUGAUAUUGUUAUUGGGAAUCGUGCAUUUUGUGCACACAACCUACAGAUUACAUGUUGUAGAGCUGGAUUACACAAUGAAUACUUGACUUAAAAUAACUCUUAUUUUGUCUUUUUAGUAGUUAGCAUGGCAACGUAUCCUUAGGAUUAUUUGGACCUACUUUUUAGCUUGCAACACUGACAGUGAUUUUGUUACCUCUGCGUCCUGCGUCACCGAUGCAUAAAAAGUACCAAAGAUGCAGAAUAAUUUGCGGUAUUCGUCACAUAAGACUCAAAGAUCAAUUGAGCAUAGAAAUAAUUGUAUUUUUGAAAUAUAUUGUUAAAAAAGGAUUUUGCAGGGUACACAGAGUGAGAUGAACGUGAAUUGUAUUUAAAACGGGCCAAAAGUAACCGUACAGAAAAGUGUAAAAAAAUUGCAUAAAAAUAGCGGCAUGCUGCCAUAUUGUUUUCUGUCAAGUCUCGUGCGUACAAAGUUGAUUGGGAUAAGCGCACGCAAUGGACUCCCCACGCGAGAAAGUCAGUACAAGCCACCUUAAAAUUCUUGUUCUUUCUUUAGGUACCGAGGCGCAGAUUACGUACCACAAAAGAAACAAUUCAACCAAAUAAUAAAGCUCCCAGGGGAACUCUAUCAUUUGGUUCCUUUGUUUCUUUUGUAAAGACGGUACAUGCAGAAAGACCGAAAAUUCUCUUAAUUUAUGACUUUCCAGGUACCGUGUUUGGUUGUUUUCUGAGCAGCUCAUUUUUCUUUUCCAGCAUAAAGUUUUGAAGCACACGAAAGAUGUUCCUGUUGAAUUGAAAGAUGCCUUGGAUCACGAAUCAUUUGAAAAAGCCAGAGUUUAUCAGCUGGAUCGGUCUUCAUUUGGGUUUUAUUCUGGGGCAUACAGUCAGCUUGAAACAACAGUAAGAUAAUACAGUCACAAGGCUGUGCUCUAGCAGAGCCUGGUGGCCCCUGGCGCCCACCUUUCGCUCUUGGGUGACUAGAAAAUCUUAGUUUUUUCAUACAAAUCAUGAUGCUGGGCACCCUAGAUUUUACAGGUUCUGAACACAGCCUUGAGUCAUGUACACGUACAUUAAACUUAACGCAUAUGGAU